AUGGCUACGAAGGAAUCACUUCCAGAGCCGCUAGAUCUCUCUCACCACUUCUCCGAUGUCACCAACAACAGAGAGGCCAGUGAUGUGAAGAGGUUUUAUAAAUACUUUACCACGCCGGGAAUGCACAAUUUGGCUGCCGGCUGGCCUCACUUGUCCGUUUUCCCAUACGACACCCUGGAAGCGUCCGUUGCUCAUCCGCAUCGUUUCGAAACCUCUCAGAGUGCGGCUGCUUCAACGGGUAUUGAACACGCCAAGUCGAAGCAGUCCCCUCCCGCAUCGCAUUUGAAGGUGCCAAAGGAAAGCAAGAACACCAACGUCCUCGGUAAGAUUGACUUGGAGACCGCCCUACAAUACGGUACUGCCGAAGGAUUCGCGCCGCUCCACUCAUUUGUUCGGCAGUUCACUCGCGACCAUCUUCAUCCAAAUGUACCGUACGCCAAUGGCCCCGAGGUGGCUUUGACAUGUGGUUCGACGGAUGGCUUCAGCAAGACAGUCGAAGCUUUGACCAAUCCUUGGAUAGAACACAAGAAUUGGGUCCAUGAAAAAGAGGGAAUUCUCUGUGAGGAAUUUGCCUAUAUGAAUGCAAUCCAAGCUAUACGACCUCGCGGUUUGAAUAUUGUCCCGGUGGCCACCGACUCGUAUGGCAUGAAGCCCUGGGGAAAAGGCGGACUGGCCGAUAUCCUUGAGAACUGGGAUUUUAGCAAGGGCAAACGCCCGCACUUGAUGUAUACUGUGACCCUCGGUCAAAACCCAACAGGUACAAUAAUACCUACACCGCGCCGUAAAGUGAUUUAUGCGCUGUGUCAAAGUUAUGACAUCAUUAUCAUCGAGGACGAGCCAUACUGGAAUCUUCAGUUCCCCUCUGCCAUGAAAAAGCUCAGUGCCGUGGAUGAACAAAUCGUGUUCAACCGCAACUAUAAUGAGCAUGGCCGAUCAUCGGGAUAUGAGUUUUUGGAUGGGCUCGUCCCGUCAUAUAUGUCGAUAGACGAAGAUGGCCGAGUCGUACGAAUCGACACGUUCUCCAAGACCAUCGCGCCAGGUUGUCGGCUCGGAUGGCUGACAGCUCAGCCAGCUAUUGUUGAGCGUAUCUCCCGCAUAACUGAGGCCACCACGCAGAAUCCAUCCGGGUUCGUCCAGGUCAUGGUGGCCGAGCUGAUUAAAGGACAGCAAGGAGGCUUACCCUCGUCCCGAAAAGACAGUAAAAAUUCAGAGGGCUGGCAAUUAGACGGCUGGGUCCGUUGGCUCGAGGGACUUCGCGGAACAUACGAACGUCGUAUGCAAGCCAUGUGUAAAGUCUUUGACGAAGGAAAGUUUGUCGCUGUCGACGCCAAGGGCGCCGACGCUGACAGCUGGUCAAUGAUCAACAAAGUACCCAUGUAUGAAUUCGAAUGGCCCAUGGCGGGCAUGUUUGUAUGGGUUAAAGUGCGGUGCGACACGCAUCCAUUGGUUGGCAAAUACGGAGCAGAGAACGUCUGUGCCGCUCUGUGGGUGUUCUUGACACAGAAACCCUUUUUGUGUCUGGCUGCCCCAGGCUCUAUGUUUGCCCCAACAGACACUGUGCGUGGCUACGCAUUCCAGUAUCUGCGACUCUGCUUUGCGCCCAUGCCUGAGGACGAGGUGACCGAAUACUCCCAAUGUUUCACUGCGGGAUGCCGGGCAUUUUGGCAACUAAGCAGUUUUGACGAUAUUCCCGAUUUUGACCCAUCGAUGGUCGCCAGCUUGCGUCUGCCGACCUGUUGA